GACGUUUGGCAAUUUUCAUAUUUAUUUUUCACAAACAACAUUUUUAUGAACAAAAAAUAAUUAUUUAUAAACAAAAAUAUAAAGAAAAUAUACCAAAAAUUAUAAAACAAGUUAAAAUGGAACCACCUAUAACUUGUCGUGCAUGUCUUACUGAGAUUACGCUCCAGUAUAUAUCUCUAGAUACAUGUCUAUAUGAUACCACUGUGUUGGAAGUUUUUAAUUUUUGUACCAAACUCAAAGCGAGUCUGGACGAUGAAUUUCCCACCAGUAUGUGCAUUCCUUGUGGAACAUCUUUACAAACAGCUUAUGAUUUUAUCAAAACUGCAUAUGAAACAGACCAGUUUCUCCGCGGGAACAUAAGUAGUCAGACGGAAAAAGAAGAAGAUGAUGACAGUUAUAAAAAAGUUAUUCAAACUAUUGCAAAGAUCGAAACUGAUUCUGAGAAAGAGUAUCUGGAAGAAUAUAUAGAUGAUAAUAUAGAUGAUAACGAUAGCAUAGAAAUCAAAAAAGAAAAUGGAGAAGUCAAGCUUGAAGUCGUAUCACCCACACCCAAAGAAGAAAUUGAUAUUGAAUUUAUUGAAGAUGGUUCCCAAUGUUAUAUCGAGUCAAUGACUAACUCUGAAGUACCUGAAGAGAGUACGGAACUGGACGAUUUUAAUCUGAAAAACGAGGAUGAUGAUGAUUGCAGUAGAAGUGGGAACUCAUGUAGCAACGAUGAGUUUAUGGAAGAAAUUGAAGACGAUACAUAUUGCGAAAAACCAAAAAAGGCAGAGCCUAUGAAAAAUAAACAAAAUAAAAAAGUUAACCGCCUAUAUAAAUGUGACACCUGUGAAAAACCAUUCAAAAAUAUGUUUAGUCGAAAUAAACAUGAAUUCCUGGAACACAAAGAUUCUGAACAAAGAAAUUGCAAACUUUGUCCAUUCAGCACAUCAAGUCACAGUUCUUGGCAAACUCAUAGGUAUCGUCAUGAAAAUCCCACACAAAAGAAAUAUCUUUGUUCAUUUUGUCCAAAAACUUUUACCAAUCCGAAAUCAUUAAAAGUGCACGAAGAUUACCUGCAUGGUGAUAAAGAGUGGGCGGCAAAAUGUGAGAAAUGUCAUAAAAAAUUCAUGAACAAACAAAAACUAGAAUACCACAUUCUGAGUGUGCAUUCCAAUGGUCGAAACUAUCAUUGUCCGGAUUGUCCGAAAACGUUCAAAAAUAGUUUUCAACUUAAAUCACAUCAGAAACUUCACACCGACCGAACAAUUGAAUGUCCCGAAUGUGAAAAGAAAUUUGUCCGCAGAGUUGACUUGAAAGUUCAUAUGCGAAUACAUACUGGCGAAUUGCCAUAUCAGUGUCAUCUUUGCGACAAAAGUUAUAGAAUAAAAGUGAGACUGACAUAUCAUUUGCAAAAACAUUUGGGCACCAAACAUGUUUGUGACUUUUGUUCGAGUGAAUUUAACAGUAAGCCAAAGUUACGACUGCAUAUGUUUGAGCACAUUGGAAUGCCUUAUGUGUGUGAUCAGUGUCAUAUGGGCUUUACAAAUCGAGCAGGACUCGGUCGUCAUACAAAAUCUAUUCACAAUAUUACAAUGACCGAUGAGGAGUUGUUGCAGAACAGACUCAAAAAUGAAAAAUUUAUCAAAAGAGGUAUUGUCAGUGAUGAUGCUUUAAUUGAUAAUUCAAAUGCUGAUCCAAUUUCCAUGGAGUACAUCGAUUUAGAUACUCCAUUUAAUGAAUCAACAUACUUUGAUUGCUUCAACUAUUGCACCAAAUUAGAAGCUAAAGCUAGCGACAAUCUUCCAAAGGCAAUUUGUAUUUCGUGUUCGAAUUUAAUGCAGAUGGCAUAUGACUUUAUCACAGCUGCCUUGGAAGCAGAUCGUUUGUUCCGCGAAUGCGUGUUGCAGUUGGAAGAAUGUGAAGAGGAUAUCAAAAUCAUGAAAAAUGAUCUUGAAGACUUGGAUGAAAUUAUUCCAAAGAAAUAUAUUGUUACCUCAAGUUUUCCUGUUGAAGAAGAAAUUAUCGUAACAGAUAUUAAACCUAUAAAGCUCAUUAAUGACAAACAAAAAUUUGAUGAUGGAAGUCUUAUUCAAAAUACAGUCGAAGAAUAUGAAAUUGUCGAAGAAUAUCAAACCCAUUGCUCUCCUACUACCUCCGAAGGUGUCGAUAAAGGCGAAGAUGAAAAUGAACUACAAGAAAGCGCUUUACAGUUUUUAACAAAGAAUGUGAUGCAAAGAGAAAAUAUAAUGCCUAGUAUGAAUAAGGAACAACAAUCAGAAAUUAUGGAAGAAGAAACUGACUUGAUCGUAGAUGAACCAAAUGAGGUUUCUGUUGUAGCUGAAUUGGAUCGAGUUGACAAUUUCGACAAUAAUUCAAUUGAUGAUGCUGCCGAAGAUGAUCAAUCUGAAAAAAGUUCAAACGAAAAACAACUUAGCAAUGAAUGCCCUAUUUGUAAAAAAAUUGUUCGCAAAAACAUGGCGGAUCAUAUUAGGGAAUGUUAUGGCACACAACCAUACACAUGUGAAAAAUGUGAUGCUUCAUUUUUCUACGUGAAAGAUUUGAGAAAUCACACUAUAAAAAAACAUAACAAAUUUGAAGAUUCUUGGUAUUGCAAUUUGUGUGGAGAAGCACUCUUGUCCAGAGCCGAUCUUUCGUUACACCGAAAUAAGGAUCAUCGUGAUAAAACUCCCGGAUUAUGUAUAACUUGUGGUAGUUCUUUUGAUGAUCAAAAUGCUCUAACAGAGCAUGUGACCAAAGAACAUUGGUCUCGAAAAAGACCAGUGGAAUGUCCACAUUGUAAAAAGAAAUUCCAAUUAAACACUCUACCACAGCAUGUUCGAUUUGCACAUAUAGAUAUUGUUAAUGCUUCGGGAGACAAACAAUUCACGUGUAAAUAUUGCUUUAAAAAUUUUGAAGACACAAGAGAGCUGGAAGAACAUACUAAAACGCAUACAGGAACGCUCGAAUUCUCAUGUGAAAUUUGCGGACAAGAUUUCACAGGAAAAAGAACAUUUGACAAGCAUGUAGAACAAAUGCACCCAACACCGGGUGAUGAGGAAUAUGCAAAAAAAUGCCCCAAAUGUGAUUUUACUACCUCAAACGAAGCGUUAUUAUUGAAACACAAAAAACGUCAUUACAACAAUGACUAUUAUAAAACCAACUUUAAGAGAUACACAUCCAACAAAAAGAAACUUAACCAAUAUCUAUGUUCUUUCUGCCCUAAAAAAUAUAACAAUUCUAAAUCUCUGCGUGAUCAUGAAGAUUUUAAACAUGGCGACAAAAAAGCUGGCCAUGAAUGUGAUGUAUGUGGCAAAAAAUAUUACAACAAAUGUGCUUUGCGAAAUCAUAAAAAAAGUGCACAUGGAGUUGAACGUCCAUUUUUAUGUGAAGAAUGCCCGAAAGCUUUUAAGCUUCGAUCGCAAUUAGUUCAGCAUAUAAGAUUUCAUUCAGAAAGGAAUAUUGCAUGUCCGUAUUGUGAUAAAAAGUUUUUACUACCAUGCUAUCUUAAAGUACAUCUUCGAACGCAUACAAAUGAGCAACCAUAUGCGUGUCAUUUGUGCGAUAAGAGAUUUGCAAUUAAAGUAAGACUGACAUAUCAUUUGGCCAAACAUGAUGGUGUUGUAGUCAAAUGUGAAUAUUGUCCAGAAACGUUUAAAAAUAAGGCAAGUUUAAGAAUUCAUCGAUUUGAACAUAUAGGAUAUCCAUUUGUUUGUGAUAUAUGCCAAGAAAAACAUCACCGAAGAAUUGGCCUUGCCCGUCAUAUGAAGAGAUCACAUGGACUCAUAUAUACGGAAGAAGACAUCAAUGAAAAUCGCUUCAGAAACAUGAAAAAAAUCUACGGAAGAACAGACGAUAAUCCUGAUGUUGAGCCAGUGCCCCACCCCCAGCCACAACCCGACAAUACCAACGAAAUUUGAAAUUAUGGAUGUAAAGUAAAAAUAAAAGAAAUGUAUUACACAUAAAUGUAUAUUUAUUGUAAUUUACUUGUAUGUAUUUCUGAUAGUUGUAGAAUACUUUUAUAACAAUUAUUUUUAAUUUAAAAAAAAAGUAUGCUUUAUAGAAAAUAGUAAUAGAUAUUUAAAAAAAAAAAAACACUUACAUUUUUUUUGUGUUAAUUUAAGUUUCUUUAAGUUAUAUAUUUGGAGAAAAAAACAAGUACAAUGUUUCUUAAAUCAGAUCAAUAAAAAAUAUCAUGUAAAAUAACUUAAAUUGACCGCGUUCAAGUCAAGUUUGUAAGGUCUGGCAUUUGGAGAAUGUCUAUUAAACUCAUCUUAACUCGAUUCCUAAUUAAAAUCUUACUUUAAAAAUCAUUGUCAAAUAUUCAAAAUGUUCGUGUUUAUACAUAAUUUCAUAUGUUUUCUAAUGUUAGAAAUGAAAUUUGUAAUUUAAGUGUAGAUAAUCAUCUUUAUAUGGCUGGUUCAUUUUGUUUCUUUAUGAUUUAAUUUUAAUCAACAAACUUGCUCUGAACCCGGUCAUUUGACGUAGAAAAUAUUUUAAGGUUAUAAGUUUUUUUUUUCUUGAAGAAGCAAAAUUACUUUUUCAUUUAUUUACGAAUUGAAACGUAAUAUAUAGUAGGAAAAUUAAAAAUUUUAAAAUAUGUUCACAUUUAGAAAUUGCCAAACGAUU